AUGUUUGCGCUCAGCGUCACCUCCUGCUAUGUGCUGCAGCAGGGCGUGUAUGCCUAUCAGGAGCGCGGCGACCUGGAGAAGCUGGCGCGCGUGCUGUUCGUGCUGCUGUGCCACUGCACGUGCGUGGCCAAGCAGCUCGUGUUCCACGCGCAGGCCGCGCGCGUCGACCGCAUCAUCGCCGGCCUCCACCAGCCGCUGUUCGACCCGGCGACGGCGGGGGCGGGCGCGUCGUCGGCGGCGGCGGCGGCGGCGCGCGCGCUGCUGCGGGCCACGUCGCGCGGCGCGGCGCGGCUGUUGCGUGCUUACUACGGCUGCGCGGUGGCCACGUGCGUGCUGUGGACGAUCUUCCCCGUGGUCUACAAGCUGCGCGGCUUCCGCAUUGAAUUCCCCUUCUGGACGUUCCUCGAUUACAACCAGCCGGUCAUGUUUGUAAUAGUGUUAUUACACUCGUUUUACGCAACAAACCUCGUGGCCGUCGGCAACACGACAAUGGACGCUUUCAUAGCUACAGUUAUGUAUCAGUGCAAAACGCAGCUACGCAUAUUACGCAUGAACUUCGAAACUCUACCCGAGCGAGCACGAGCUUUAACGAAGGAGUCGGUAAACGCAAACUAUGAAGAGAUCUUAACAAAAUUACUGUUUGAGUGCAUACAACAUUUUCAGAAAAUUGCUGACACGAUGGCGCUGCUGGAGCAGGUGUUCGGGCUGGCCGUGCUGGUGCAGUUCACGGUGGGCGGCUGGAUCCUGUGCAUGGCGGCCUACAAGAUCGUCAGCGUGAAUGUUUUAAGCUUCGAGUUUGCGUCAACUACGCUCUUCAUUGUUUGCAUAUUGACGGAGCUAUUUCUUUACUGCUACUAUGGAAACGAAGUUACAGUGGAGAGCGACCGCAUGGUGGAGGCGGUGUACGCCAUGGAGUGGCUGCACGCGCCGCUGCGCUUCAAGCGCUCGCUGGUGCUGGUGAUGGAGCGCGCCAAGCGCCCGCUGCGCCCCGCUGCCGGACACCUCAUACCGCUCUCACUUGACACCUUUGUUACUAUACUAAAGUCAUCGUACAGCUUUUAUGCCGUCCUGAGACAGACUAAAUAA